GUUCUGCCUGAGGGCGGGGCUGUGGGGUGGGCAGCGUGCGGUGCUCGCGUGGGUCCGUGUCCGCCUGCCUGCUCCCCUUCCCGCGUGGAAGAUUUCCAGCGCAAAAUCUGUGUGCUUGAUCUGAUUUUCCAAUGAAGUACAUCCUUGUAACUGGUGGAGUCAUCUCGGGUAUUGGCAAAGGGAUCAUUGCAAGCAGCAUUGGCACCAUACUGAAGUCAUGUGGUCUGCGUGUCACUGCAAUCAAAAUUGAUCCUUACAUAAACAUAGAUGCUGGAACGUUUUCACCAUAUGAACAUGGAGAAGUAUUUGUACUGAAUGAUGGUGGAGAAGUUGACUUAGAUUUGGGAAAUUAUGAGAGAUUCUUGGACAUUAAUCUCUAUAAAGAUAACAAUAUCACCACUGGAAAGAUAUAUCAGCAUGUUAUCAAUAAAGAAAGGCACGGUGAUUACCUGGGAAAGACUGUUCAAGUCGUUCCACACAUCACUGAUGCAGUUCAAGAAUGGGUAAUGAAUCAGGCAAAAGUUCCUGUGGAUGAUGACAGAAAAGAGCCGCAAAUCUGUGUAAUCGAGCUGGGUGGAACUAUUGGAGACAUUGAAGGAAUGCCAUUUGUGGAAGCGUUUAGACAGUUCCAGUUCAAAGCAAAAAGAGAGAACUUCUGUAACAUCCAUGUUAGUCUAGUGCCACAGCCUAAUGCCACUGGUGAACAGAAGACAAAACCAACGCAGAACAGUGUUCGAGCACUGAGAGGAUUAGGCUUGUCUCCAGAUUUGAUUGUUUGCAGAAGUGCAAAACCUAUAGAAAUGGCAGUGAAGGAAAAGAUCUCCAUGUUCUGCCACGUGGAGCCUGAGCAGGUGAUAUUUAUCCAUGAUGUUUCUUCCACUUACCGAGUACCAAUUCUGUUGGAGGAGCAAGGCAUCAUCAAGUAUUUUAAACAGAGGUUGAACUUACCCAUUGAUGACCAGCCAAGUGAUCUUUUAAUGAAAUGGAAGAAAAUGGCUGACAGAUAUGAAAGGUUGCUGAAGGUGUGUUCCAUAGCUCUCGUUGGCAAGUACACAAAACUAAGUGAUUGCUAUGCAUCUGUUUUCAAGGCUCUGGAACACUCUGCACUGGCGAUUAAUCACAAACUGGAUUUAAUGUACAUAGACUCAACAGAGCUUGAACGUUCUACAGAAGCAGAGAACUCGGUGAAAUACCACCAGGCAUGGCACAAGCUAUGCAAAGCAGAUGGUAUUCUCGUCCCAGGAGGGUUUGGAAUUAGGGGCACAGAAGGCAAAAUCCAAGCUAUUUCCUGGGCAAGAAAACAGAAGAAACCCUUCUUAGGAGUUUGCCUGGGAAUGCAAUUAGCAGUUGUGGAAUUUGCAAGAAACUGUCUAAAUUGGAAAGAUGCAAAUUCUACAGAAUUUGACCCAGACACAAAAAACCCUGUUGUCAUCGACAUGCCAGAACACAAUCCUGGAGAUAUGGGCGGAACAAUGAGACUAGGAAAGAGGAGGACUGUUUUCAAAACACAAAACUCUAUUUUAAGGAAACUUUAUGGUGAUGAAAUGUUUGUGGAGGAACGGCACAGGCAUCGAUAUGAGGUGAAUCCAGAAUUAACUCACUGCUUUGAAGAGAAAGGUUUGAAAUUUGUUGGCCAUGAUACAGAAGGAAACAGAAUGGAAAUGAUUGAACUGGAGAAUCACCCAUAUUUUGUGGGAGUUCAAUUCCACCCAGAGUUUUCCUCAAGACCUAUGAAACCUUCACCUCCAUACCUUGGGCUGUUGCUUGCAGCAACUGGAACGCUUAAUGCAUACUUGCAGCGUGGAUGUAAAUUGUCUCCAAGUGAAAGCUACAGUGACCUCAGUGAUGACAGCUCUCCAGAGAAAGAGUUUCCUAAAUCAGAAACAAGCUAAAAUAGUUGUAUGAGAACACAGAAAUGGAUGAUGCUAUUGAGAAAGUUGGAAACAGGUCAAUGCUGAAUUGAAGAAAGUGGAACAGUAAGCUAGUUGAGGUCCUCAUAGUAUCUCAUCCUGCACUGUUUUCAGCAAUUCUCUGUAGCAAAACCUGUUCUAUACAAAUGCUAUUUUGCUUUAAAAAAAAAAGAUAUAAAUUGUUGUGCACUCAGCUAUAAUAUUAUCAUUAUUGAUCUUGUCCUAUAUUUCAAAGUGAUCUCAGGUGAAUAUUUGUUAGUUCAUUAGUUCACAGUUAUUUUUGCUUUAAGGAAAGAUUUGAAUGUUUCCACCUUAGGACAGUAAGAAAAAAUGUAUUCAUUCUUCUGAAUGAGGUAGGAAUGCACAAAAUACUUAAGGGGAAGUUGUUCUCUACUGUUCAUGGAUAAAACGGUUUCAGGUUUGCUUAUCUGUUAAGCUGGUUGUGUAUAUGUAUAAAUUUUACUUUUUUGUGUGUACGAAUAAGAAAUUGUUUGUCUCAGCUCUGUGAUUGUAAUAAUUGAUGUGGGAUAUGAAUGUCUCUUCACUUUAUAAGUGAUUCUUUUUGACUGCAGUUCAUGUGUGUUUUCUCUGUUUUCCCUGAAAGAUGUAAUACCAAACGUAACUCUGACCUACCAAGUUACAGAAGUGAUAGUAGACAGUGCUUUUAUUUUUACAUUUUAUAAUAGAGAAAUAUGCUCAUAUUUUAAAAAGCAAGCUGUACACUUGCAAGAAGGUUGAAGAAGAACCUGUCAUAAACCUGGAGUGUAAUCUGAGAUCCAGCUGCAAGUUCAGUAACUGAAUAUAAUGAUGAAUAAAGGUUUUCUCUUGUUUUCUUGCA